AAUCUUUUCACAAAUGCCCCACAGCUUAGUUUUUGCGGUUGCACAAACAAGCAUCGUUUGUCCGAGUUUGAUCAGCAUAAGACAAGCCUAUUGGGGCCAAAAUGCCCUUUUGUUCUUUAUAACUACUGUAACCGGGGCGUCAUUACAUUAAGACCAGUAUUUUUUGCUCUAACCUAUGUUCAACAUUGCUUGAUAAACACAAGUACACACACUGUGCCGUGUCAUGGAUUUCGUUCUUGUUAGCGGUCCCCCACCCCCGCGCGCGCAACUGUCAAAGCUUUUGCUGACUUUAUACUCAAAAUUUCAGUCGAAAAAUAACAAACACAGCUUUGUCCUUUGCCUUAAAAAAUUAACACAACAACGAAUUAACAUGGCCAACAGACUCGUUGCCUCGUCCAUUUUACGUCAGAGAUCAACAUUGCCAGGAUUUAUAUCCGCACAAUGUCAACAACAGCAGCGCUGUUUACAAGUUUCAGCAACGAAGUGGAAUGUUGAAGCACAACCGAAUGAAAGACAACAAUCGAGUGCAGCAACAAUGACAAACAAGUUCAUUGCUCAAGCACGGAAAGAACGUAAUAUCAUGGACAAAGAGCCUACUCCUUUUGUUCAACUCGAGAACCUGCCUAGCACCACCACGAUGGAAGAUAUCAGAAAGUUGGCUCGUGAAGCAUUGCCAGAGGGUGACAAGUCUAUCAAUGAAGUGGUCUUUGUACGCCAAGAGAACUUUGACUUCAAGGGACGCUGUAUCGUUUCAAUGAAAUCCGCCGAGGAUGCUCAACGUGUCAUUGAAUAUGGUAACCGACGUGUUAUGGGAGGCAAUGUAGUAAAGAUGUCACAUGUUGGCAAUCUUUCGGACAAGGUCCGCACACGUGAACUUCGAUCGGUUGCUGAUCAAACCAGUGCAUCGGGCCGUUCGGUAACGUUCAGUGGUCUGCCUAUGCUUACACAACCGGAGCAUUUGUUGGGCUAUCUGCGGUCACGGAACUUUUAUCCAGUCGAAGGCACAGCAGACAGCAUCAUUCAGUUAGAGACAAAGAAGCAAGCGACUGUAUCGAAAUUCUUGGUCAAAUUUGAUACGGAGUCAGAGGCAUGGAGGGCAGUGCGCAGAUUCCACAAUGACGAAUUCUUGUUGAACAAGAGGAACGAGCGCUAUAAGCUUAAUGUUUCCGUUGUGUAUUAAUAAUAAAAAGUUUUUCCUAGAUGUGCUCUAUUUUGCUGUUGUUAUUAUCGCUUUGAAUUUAAGAUGAAUAUUG